CUUUCAUUGCUGUACGACUCGAUCCUUUCCAUCUCUGGCCCGUGACAUGAUCUCCAUUGAUCGGAGAGUCUGGCUGAUGAACCAAGCCCCCCAGUCUAUCUAUUAUGGGUGGGAUUCCCUGGACAUCCCGGGGCUGCAACACCUGUCGGAAGAGGAAAGUCAGGUGUGAUCUUCAACAACCCCAGUGUGCGCGAUGCAUCAAACGAGGAGUCGUCUGUGGCGGGUACGAGCGUGCACGCAAAUUCAUCCACCAGUCUGCAGAUACCCCAGGCCUCGCCAAUGACCAGAAAGCCAUCCAAUGGGCAAAGACCAACACGAUCCUGCCGACCGUGAAUAUCAACUCGGAAAUCCGCUCACAGCUGUUCUCACUGUUUAUCGAUGCGUAUGUGCCUUCCUCACCUAACCCCACCGGCCAGGUUGUCUACAGAUAUCGACAGACGCCGUAUCUGGUCGAGGAAUUGCCUCAGUUUAUGGGUGGGAAGAACAGUGCGCUACUAGACAAGGCGAUCUCCGCCUUGGCGUCUGUCUUUGUCGGCAAGACACAUCAAGAUGACCGGCUUGUUCAUCAUGGAAUUAGACUCUAUAAUCAGGCUAUCCAGAUCCUGUCGUUAUUGAUUCAGCGGAGCCGAGUUCCUGCCGAGGAGCUUCUCUAUGCGACCGUGGUGUUUCAGUUGUAUGAGAUUAUAAACUGUCCCUCUGGGUUUCUGGGAUGGAUGGUCCAUAUGCAUGGGGCAAAUGCAAUCUUGUCCCGGCAUGGAGGGUCGUUGAAGGAGAGCCGACAGUCGACUGAAUUGUAUCGCCAUUUGAAAUUAUCCAACAUAUACAAUGCUGUUGGAAAAGCGACUUGCGCUAUGAGGUUCUGUCCAAUGUGGCAUUCUUUAACUCCAGCGAAACCGGAGCCUGUUGACGAAAUCCUUGAUAUUCUUAUGGAGUGUACUGGCAUUAUGGAACGUCUUGGUGCGUUACAGUCAGCACAUAACCAGGCGCAAGCUGGUAAUCGAAUAUUGAAAUCCCUGCUCAAGUUGAAGCAACGAACAUUUUCGUGGUAUGAUCGGCUGCAGUCCGCCAACAAAGUGCUUUAUACGGAGGCUGCAACCAAUAAUCAGAUACCCUACACGGGUAGGAGGAAUCCUUUCCCGGAGGCUAUACAUUUUGCAUCGUUGGAAAUCGGAGAGGUACACAUGUAUUACUGGGUUGCGCUUGUUCUCUUACACUCACUCCUGAGUGGACUGCAGAUGAUCAUUGGCCAACCGGUGCAGCCGGCGUCAGACGAGAACAGCCGACAUGGCAAACCAGCCAAGCUGGAAUCGGAACAGGUGGAAGACCCGAUUUUGAAGGCCGGAUAUUAUGCCGGCCAAAUUUGUCGGGGGGUGGGAUACUUUUUGCGACCCGAGAUGAACGUGCUAGGGGGGAACCAUUUGCUGUUCCCGGUCGCGAUGGCGGCACAAUUCUUUCACGGCCAUGGGUAUUCGGAGCAGUAUCAAUGGUGCCAGGAGGUGUUUCUCAAUCUCAACUCGCUCGGACUCGGACUAGCGACGGUCCUGACGUGCACCCCGUGGUCCGAAUAUCAGUCGAUCGAAGACCAGAAACUAACGACGGUGAUGUCGGAGAUGGAAGAAGUCAAACUGGAGGAGUGAUUUGCAAUGACCUGUACAUAUGAUUGGCUAUAUAACGCAAUGCAGAUGGAUAUUACGUCGACUGUCUGACUGA